AUGGGCUCAUGCAAGCAGAUCCCAGUCCUCGACCCACCUACAGACCUCAAAUUCAAAGGAAUCUGUUUAAUAGGCCCCUUCACAGAUGUAGUCACUACAAACCUUAAACUGCAAAAUCCGUCAGACAGGAAGGUGUGUUUCAAAGUGAAGACUGCAGCACCUCGGCAGUGCUGUUUGCGGCUCAAUAGUGGGAUCAUCGACCCAGGGUCCACCGUGACCUUUUCAGUGAUGCUGCAGCCCUUUGACUAUGAUCCCAAUGAAAAGAGUAAAUACAAGUGCAUCGUGCAGACGAUUUUUGCUCCACCAAACACUCCAGAUAAGGAAGCUGUGUGGAAAGAGGCACAACCCGAUGAAUUGCUGGAUUCUAAAUUGAGAUAUGUUUUUGAAAUGCCAAAUGAAAAUGGUAAAUUGAAUGAUAUGAAACCUAGCAAAGCUGCUUCACUGAAGGCAUCUAAGCAAGAUGGACCCAUGCCCAAACCCCACAGUGUUUCACUCAAUGAUACUGAAACAAGGAAACUCAUGGAAGAGUGUAAAAGACUUCAGGGAGAGAUGAUGAAGCUGUCAGAAGAAAAUCGACACCUGAGGGAUGAAGGCUUAAGGCUCAGGAAGGUAGCACACGUGGAUAAACCCAGAUCCUCCUCCAUUGCGUCCUUCAGAAGUAACUUCACCAGUCCUCUUCCUUCACUUCUUGUGAUUAUAGCCAUUUUCAUUGGAUUCUUUCUAGGGAAAUUAUCUUGUAAAGCAAAGCAUGUGGAGGCCCCAGACCUCGCCAAGAGCCUAGCUCAGAUUCGAGAGUACCCCACCUUCCUUGAUACCUUGGGUUGUGGAUAA